AUGAAGCUUACUUUUUCGUUCGUCAUCGCCCUAGCAGCCGCUUCUUCUGCUUCGUCAUCGCCACUUUUCCGACGACAGAACCAGAUUUCGUCAGCUGCUGGUGGUCUCCCCUCUCCAUCAGCAAUCUCCUCGGUGCUCGCUGGCCCCUUCGACCCUGCAACUGCUUCUAGCAGCUCUUCAGCUACGCGUGUCUCUUCAGCGGCUGCUACCACAUUCUCUCCCAGCCCGACUGGCGGUAUCCUUCCUCCCACUGGUACUGGCACCACUUUCAACGAUACGCAGAUCCUCCAGUACGCACUGACGCUCGAGCAUCUGGAAGCCGAAUUUUACAACCAGUCGCUCUCCAAGUUGUCGACUUCUGACUUUGAGAACGCUGGCUACAACGCAUCGGUUCGAAACCAGAUCUACUCGAUCGGCCGAGAUGAAGCUUCGCACGUCUCCCUGCUGACCGAAGCACUUGGAGACCAGGCGGUUCCCGCCUGCACAUACAACUUCAGCGCUGUCACGGAUGUGGCUAGCUUCCUGACCACCGCUCGUGUGCUUGAAGGUGUUGGUGUCUCGGCGUACUUGGGCGCAGCUCAGAACAUCUCGAAUUCUAGCGUGCUCGAAACGGCAGGUAGCAUCUUGGUUGUCGAGGGACAGCACCAGACAUACCUGAUUGCUCAGACCAACGAGGGUGGUAAUGUGAUCCCUGGCGCGUUCUCGACUGCUUUGGACUUUAAGCAGGUGUACUCACUGGCUGCACCUUUCAUCGAGUCGUGCCCUGAGAACGCCAGCUUGCCAAUCACGGCCUUCCCCACUCUUUCGUUGUCCGGUGGCGAGAACAAUGGUUCUUUCACCCCUGGCCAGCAGGUGACAGCAUCGUACACGUCGACCAAUUCCACAUCCUCGUCCUCCACCGACUCGAACGGCACGUACCUCGCCAUCAUUCAGGGCGUAGGCGCACCUCAGUUCUUGGCGCUCGACAGCAACUCGUCGCAAGUGACACUGCCCAGCAAUCUCACUGGUGGCCAGAUGUACGCCGUCGUCACUAGCUCGAACACUUCGGUUACGGAUGACACUACUAUUGCUGGCCCCGCUCUGGGAUACGUCUACAUCCCACUUGUUGAAGCACCAGAGGCAACCAAUGCGGCUCCGUCCAGCACUGUAUCUUCGGCGAGUGGUUCGUCCGCUGCUACUUCGACCGGGGCUGUUGGCGCUGGUCCCACGGGCACCCCGACCGACUCUUCUGCUGCAUCCUCCGCAACAGCUAGUGGAAGUGACUCGAUCGUUUCCACCGACUCGCUCGCCGCCGCCUCCGCCUCGGCUGUCACUUCGGCUGCUACCGGCGCUUCGAGCGCCACGCAGGGCAUCCCUGCUUCCAUCGCAAGUCUGGGUUCCGCCAAUCUCCCCCAGCCCACCGGUGCCAAUUGA